AGCCAUUUCGGCCAUUGUGGAAAGUGGAAAGGACCUCGCCAAGAAAGGACAAAAUAAAGCAUUGAAAGACAAGGAAAAGGGACAAGACAACAACUGUCAAAUCUGCCAGUAACUCGCGAUUGUAGAGAUGGUCCAAUCGUGCUCAGCUUACGGAUGCAAAAACAGAUAUCAUAAAGACAGAAACAUUUCAUUUCACAAGUUCCCGCUAGCACGGCCAGACGUGUGUGGGAAAUGGGUUGCAGCAAUGAGGAGAAACAAUUUCAAACCAACCAGAUACAGUAAUAUCUGCUCUCAGCAUUUCACUAAAGACUGCUUCAAACCAGAGUGCAACAACCGAGUCCUGAAGGAGAAUGCUGUACCUUCUCUAUUCUGUUUCAGUAAACUACAAGUCAAGGCAGAGUCCUUGGCGGACCCGUUACCUCCAGAGAUGGACUUCUCUCUGACCCUCCCCUCCCUCCCCCUCUCUGACACAGAGGAGACCCAGCAGGAGAUACAGACGGAGACCCAUCACACUGUAGACCCCUCACCCCUGGUAGAGAACCUUCCCCACAGCAUGUCCAUCUCCUGCGACCACAACUACACCGUAGAGGACACGGUUCAGCAGAAGAAGAGGAUUGAGCAGCUGGAGGAACAGCUGGACAAGCUGAGGAAGAAGUUAAAGACCGUACAGCAGAAGUGUCGGAGGCAGGAGAGACAGUUGAGGAGGUUUAAGGCUAUCGGAGAGUUCCAGAGGAUGAACAGGGACCCGGCGCUAGGGGAGGGAUAUGUAAUUCUACCCCAACAGCUUUAUGAUGCGCUCAAAGGGAUUGAGCCCGUAGAGGGUCCAUGAAGCCUCAAACACACCUAGCCUGGGUGCCAAGUCUGUGGAGUUGGCAAGACCACAUACCGGUCUGGGACCAGGCUGUAAUAGGCCAGGCUUACUGACCCUGGUUCCUCUGGGUCUGCCUUCAGUGUAUUGGGGGGGGGGUUGUCCCAGGUUUAUCAGUCCCUGCUUUAUUAAAGGGUCAGUGUGAGGACUCUCACAUCACCUCUCCCAGUAGAGGUGUAGCAGAUGGCUCAACUGUCUCUACUACCUUUCUGAGACCUAUAGAACCAUCCUGUCUCCAGACAUGUCUCGUCUAGGGGUCAGUGGUGUCUCGUCUAGGGGUCAGUGGUGUCUCGUCUAGGGGUCAGUGGUGGUGAUUUCCUGUGUUGUGUCGGUGUGGAGCCGGUCGGGUGUGUGUUCCACUUUAGUCACAGACAACCAACGACACAAUGUAUUUUGUAGCAUUUUUAUUUAAUUUUCUUACGGUUGUAAACUUACGGUUAAAGGGAAAAAUCCCUCAAAGUACCAUAACUCUUAUUUGAAGGGUUGAUUUUAGUGUGGUGGAGGGAGGAACACGUGUGUGUACUGUAUGUCGUUGUUUAGUUAUGUUAGUCAAUUUAUGCCUACUCUUGGACAAAAAAUGGGAGGUUUGUAAUUGGCCGGGACGUUCUCUUCUACUGUAAUAUGAAAUCAAGUGGUCAGCUGACACUUUGAACUAUUGUUGCUGCUGGGCAACAACCUUGCAUUUAGAGCAAAAAUGUUUCAAUAAAAAAAUACAAUUAAAAUGUUUACAUGAAUAUUGCUAGCAACAACAGAUUAUUUUUUUUUUGGACAAGGGAUCCUGGGAAAAGUUGAGGGCGAAAUGUAAUAUUCAUGUACGAUUUCUGUUCGUAAUAACCCUUCAGCGUGGGCCUGGGAGGCUCGCGUGGAUGUAGGUAUCCACAGUUAUCCAUCAAUGAAACAUCUUUUAAACUCAAUUCUUCUUAUAUUCCCCCAAAGUGUUGUUUUUGACUAUAAAUGCACAGUAAUUAUUAAACUUAACGGCAAAUGGAACACUGACCGAUGGCAACAUGUGUAGAGUCAGGAGAUUCACUUUUAAAACGGCCCAAUGUUAUUUCCCAGAGCCCGAGACUUGAUUAGUUGGGUCUUGACUUGCAGAAGUCAUAGUUAAAACUGCUUGGGAUGCUAUUUUUAAUGCACCGUUAAGAAGUUGUGAUUUAUUAUCAGGGGGUCCCUGAUGAAUUCAACGUUUAGCAACCCCUGAUAUAGGGUCCCAUGUAGGAUGCACCGAAUGGCGUUUCAAGGUGAAGUUUCUCCUAGGUACAGAUCUAGGAUCAGCUUCCCCCUCAUCCAAUCCUAACCUUAACUAUUAGUGGUGAAUAUCCAAAACUGACCCAAGAUCUGUCUAGGAGCCACUCCGGUUAAGACUAUCUUUGUGGUGAAUCUUCUCUCUUGUAUUUCUGUUGAAAAGACCCAGUCAAAAGGGCUGUUAUUGGGGUUAUGACCAUAUUUAAAGCCAUAAGGGAAACUGGACCUUGAAUUAAACAUAGAUGCCUUAUUGUGUGAGACCCAGUUUGGUGCAAAUCAGAAAAUAAAUUCUCAUAACAUUUUAA